AUGUUGAGAUUACUAGUUUUAUCGGUAGCCAUUACAGUGGCAUUAUCAGAGUCCAUAUCAACUGUUGAUGUUAAAGUUAAGACCUAUUUCUCGGCGAUGGAUAAAGAUGGCGACGGACAGGCCACGUAUGAAGAACUGACGAAUUCUGUCUUAGCUAUGGACACAGACAAAAAUAAGAAGGUGAUAUACCGAGAAUAUGCUAAAGCAACUAACGCUGACCCUAUCUUAGGUCGUCUGCUCUUUAACUACCUGGAUUCCGACGCCGAUGGCCAUCUUGAUGACGAUGAUAUCACUGUCACCUUCCAUCAGUUUGAUGUUGACCAUAGUGGAGGCAUCUCAGUCUAUGAGUUUGUCACAGCCUUCGAAUCGAUGGUAGCCCUGGUGUCACAAGCUAUACCACAAGUUGGAUAA